AUGUUCGGCCGUCGUCGCGCCCACGCUCCCCUAACCACAACACACGCUGCUCCCAUGACCAGCACCCGCACAACCCGCACCACCCGUCGUUCAGGAGGAAUGGGCGGCAUGACCUCCCUCUUCAGCGGUCGCAAGCGCCGCGCUCACCACACCACCACCACCCCCAUGACCACCACAAGUCGUCGCCGGGGCUACGGUACCGGCGGCGGUUACGGUCGUCGCAGCAAGAAACACCAAGCCGCUGCUCUGGGCACCACAGCUGCCGUACAUCAUCAUCAGAAGCGCAAGACGAGUAUUGGGGAUAAGAUCAGCGGAGCGCUGAUGAAGAUCAAGGGAACGAUUACGGGACGACCGGGGCAGAAGGCUGCGGGGACGAGGAGGAUGCGGGGGACUGAUGGGCGUGGGAGGAGGGCUCGUUACUAG